AUGCCCGACCGCUCCUACCGCGUAUACAUGGGUCUUGAAGUGCUGUCUACAUUUUCCCGGCCUGGAGGUGACGCUGACAUUACGGAUCCUGAGAAAGCGCGCGAUGCAGUACUACAGCACUACGCGGAGUGGGCGCCGCACCUCCGUGCGUUCGUCGAAGCAGCAGAAAAUUGCUGGCGUCCAUGGCCGCCGCACCGACUUGACCUUGAUAUUAUCAUAGAUGGACAUCCGAGCUGGACGCGAGUGCCUGAAGUGACGCUGCUAGGUGAUGCGGCGCACCUGGGCGCAACGAAUGGCGAGGGUGUCGAAAUUGCCAUUGGCAACCACCAGGCAGAUGAAGACACAACAGCAGUGGACCGUGCCAUUGUUGCCUAUGAAGCGGACACGCGUGCCCACAGAUGA